AUGGGUUAUUGGACGGAAUUAAGAUCCUGGUUAUUAAAAGAUCCUGGCAAAUUAAUACGCUAUUUAGUUUUAUUUGUUUGCAUUAUAAUUGUGAUUACACAGCUUUAUGAGUGCUUCUCGAAACUGCAGAACCCCCCAAUUUCCACACAUUCAUAUUAUAAUUUAAAUGACACCAUUGAAAUGCCCGCAGUAACAAUUUGCAGGGAACCUCCUUAUAAGGAAGCAGUAUUAAGUAAUAUAUCAAAAUCCGUUUGCUCCCAUCCAAGGUUUACAAAUUGUUGGGCUAAUUAUCCAUAUGGAGAAGUAGCUAUGGACGAAUUUUUCAUGAAUUCAACAUAUGAUCUUGAGGAAACAUUUUCCUAUCCACAAUACGGGCUUGAUGGUCUAAUGGAUAAUUUAGAAAUUACGAGUAGUAUACAUUUUAAUAUGGGUCGUUGCCAUACGUUGAGACCUAAAAUUGCACUAAAGCGCACAACUAAGGAAUCCGGUUAUUCUGUAAUGCUCACACAUCACAUUAAUCCUAACAACAACAAUAAAUACUAUGAAAAGGAUCCGGGUUGGCAUAUAUUUCUUCACGAUUAUAGAGAAAAUUUUACUGAAAUUAAUAUGAAAGGUUCUGGGCGUGUAGAAUAUGUGUUUGCAGAAAUUAAUGAAGAAAUAGAAAUAAAAUUACAAAGUCAAUUCUUUUCAAAUGUAGAAACUCGUACUGAAUCUUGUUCCAGAGUGGAAGGAUACAGCGAUUUAAAGUGUGGUGAAGUCUGCAUUUGGAAAAAUUUAUCUAAAAUGUCGAACUGUACAGGUCCAUGGAUGCAUGAAGUACCAGAAGAUGAUUGUGAAAACUAUAAAUCAAUGAAAAAUUUGACAAUCGAAUAUGGCAAAGUCUACAACGGAGAUCGUGAAAUUUACUGCGACUGCAUGCAACCUUGUGUAUCUCGCAUAUAUUCCACAUAUAUUCAAAACCGUAAAAAUUAUAACCAAACCGAUCUAUCGACACAAGUGUGGAUUUAUUAUACAACAAAAUUAAUUUCAAUGAUUGAAGAGAGACCAAGUUACGACACUACACAAUUCAUAGCCGAUAUUGGCGGUUCACUUGGAUUUUUGCUGGGCCUAUCAGUUUUAGGCUUGAUAGGCAUUUUAGAGAACUUAACAUUAUUCUUUUGUGGAGGUGUUAUAAAGAAAUUUCAAAUGAAAAAUGAGAAGCGUCAGAAACUCGAAUCGGAUCAGCAAUCUCAGCAAAGUGACGAAACCGUCGAUGUUGCCACAAUUUACAAAACCAAACACACGAAAAAAACGCCUGUUUAA